AUGAAGAGAAACAAAACAGCUUGGAAAAACUAUCUAAGCAUUACCACGAGGGAGAAUUUGGCCAAAUAUCGACGAGCGCGGAAUAAGUUGACCACGAUACUGAGGCGAAAAAAGCGCCAGCAGGAGCACAGGGAUCGUGACAAAUUAGAACAACUAUUUCAGGCCAAUGAUACGCGCAAGUUCUAUGAGAAGUUGAACCAAUCUUGUAAGAGCUACACACCGAAUCCAGACAUGUGUAGGGACGAGAAAGGAAACCUGAAUACAAGCGAGUGCGAGUUGGUCGACAGGUGGCAGCAGUUCUUCGACAAGCACCUCAAUGGCGAGAUAGCAGAUGGAGACGUAAUGGGAACCUACCUGGAAGAGCCUUCAAACGAUAAUGAUGUCCCAGCCCCCGAUCUCCAGGAGAUCCAGCGAGAAAUCGGGCUGCCGAAGGCAAAUAGAGCCGCUGGAAAAGACCGACUUCCGGCCGAACUCUAUAAACACGGUAAAAAUACACUGGCAACGGCUCUUCAUUGGAUAAUAUCCAGGAUUUGGGAGGUGGAGAAAUUACCGGAAGAAUGGAUGGAGUGUAUUGUUUCCCCCUUCUAUAAAAAGGGCGAUCGGUUUGAGUGCGGCAACUACCGCGGCAUAACGCUGACUAACGCCGCUUACAAGGUGCUAACAAGUCGUCUAUCUCCGAUAGCCAAAGGCUUCGUAGGGCAGUACCAAGCGGGCUUCAUGGGGGCCCACGCCACUACGGACCAGAUUUUUGCCCUCCAACAAAUCCUCCAGAAAUGUCGGGAGUACAACGUGACCACUCAUCACAUAUUCAUAGACUUUAAGGCAGCUUAUGAUACAGUCGAUCGAGAACAGCUAUGGCAGAUCAUGCAUGACUACGGUUUUCCGGACAAACUGACACGGCUGAUCAAAGCUACCUUGGAGCGAGUUAUUUGCUACAUGCGUGUUUCGGGGGCACUCUCGAGCCCUUUUGAAUCACGCAGAGGUUUAUGGCAAGGGGAUGGACUAUCCUGUAUGCUUCUUAAUAUAGCCCUUGAGGGUGUAAUCGGACGUGCGGGCAUCGAAACGAGGGGCACGAUUUUCAACAAAAGUACCCAACUCCUGGGCAUCGCAGAUGAUAUUGACUCAAUAACAAGAAACUUUGCGACGGCUGAGGCAAACUACGCCAGACUAAAAGUGGAGGCUAGGAGGGUAGGACUACUAAUUAAUGCGUCAAAAACCAAGUACAUGGUGGGAAGAGGCUCAAAGGAGAAAGCGGUGAGCCUCCCACGGACAGUGACAGUGGACGGGGAUGAACUGGAAGUGGUUGAUGAAUUCGUGUACUUGGGAUCUCUGAUCACCGCCGACAACAAUACCACGAAAGAGAUCCGGACGACAGUGUAG